GUAAGCCGUCCGCCAUAUUGUAACGGUCAACUUGAUUCACCAUAGUAAUAACUGAACAUUCAAAAUGUUACACAAUCCUGCACAGGGCGGCUCUGUGAGAUAAAUGACGUCAAGUUGACCGUUCCAAGAUGGCUGCCGCAUCUACUAGUUUGACUCACGUGGCGGCCAACAUGGCAGGAGGAGGGAAGAAGAAAUCCUCUACUCUACCGUCAACAUUUCAGAAAACUCUUUCCUCCGUAUGGCAGGACAAGCACAUGGUGUUGUUCAAAGCAGAGUACACGUUCUUGGUCACGGCCGUCCUUUGGUUCCUGGAAAUUGGAAUUAACAUAUGGGUAAUCCAAAAAGUUUCAUAUACAGAGAUCGACUGGAAGGCGUAUAUGGAUGAGGUGGAGGGAGUUAUUAACGGCACGUAUGACUACACCCAGCUGAAGGGUGACACGGGGCCGCUGGUGUAUCCAGCUGGUUUUGUGUAUGUAUUCACUGGGCUGUAUUAUCUUACUGAUCAUGGACAGAAUAUUCGUUUGGGUCAGUAUGUGUUCGCUGUGUUCUACCUCAUCACCCUCCUGCUUGUGUUCCGCAUUUACCAUCGCACCAAAAAGGUUCCUCCGUAUGUGUUCUUCUUUGUCUGCUGUGCUUCAUAUCGGAUUCACUCCAUCUUUGUCUUGCGUCUCUUUAAUGAUCCGGUGGCCAUGAUGCUGUUAUUCGGAGCCAUCAAUCUCUUUGUGGAUGGCCGCUGGACUUUAGGAUGUGCCCUCUACAGUUUAGCUGUGUCUGUGAAGAUGAAUGUCCUGCUCUUUGCUCCUGGUCUUCUCUUCCUCCUCCUGUGUGAGUUCGGUCUAUGGAAAACUUUACCCAAACUCACUCUCUGUGCUGCAAUUCAGCUUGUACUAGGACUGCCGUUCCUCUUGGUGAACCCAGUCGGCUAUGUUAGUCGGGCGUUUGACUUAGGCAGGCAGUUUCUGUUUAAAUGGACGGUGAACUGGCGUUUUCUUCCUGAGGAUGUAUUCUUGAGUAGAUACUUCCACCUGGCUCUGCUUUUGGCUCACAUUACUACACUGGUUCUGUUUGCACUGAAAAGAUGGAAGAGAUCUGGGAACAGUAUUUGGUCUAUUCUAACAGAUCUGUCUGAGAGAAAAGAGACUGUACACAAGCUCAGUGCUGAUCAGACAGUUCUGGUUCUUUUCACUUCUAAUUUUAUUGGCAUGUGCUUCAGUAGAUCACUGCAUUAUCAGUUUUAUGUGUGGUACUUCCAUACGCUACCCUACCUGCUGUGGAGUGGAGGAGUCAAGAAACUUGCCCACCUGCUCAGGGUGUUGAUUCUGGGUCUGAUAGAGCUGUCCUGGAACACGUAUCCAUCCACCAACUACAGCUCUAUAUCACUGCAUGUCUGCCAUUUCAUCAUCCUGCUCUGUUUGUGGCUCAACCCAACGCCAGCUCUUCCAUCUCAGAAGUUAGACAACAAGGCUAAGCGCCAUUGAACCUCAACCUGACUGGGGCACUGUUUGGGAUGAUCCCUGGCCUCCAGCCCUGUCUACAAGCUCCUGUACCAGAGGGGGACACGGGGCCAGGGACCUGUGCCCGGAGCUUGUAUCAUGGUUUUUGUUAAUGGAGGUAGUGUAAAGUUACUAUACUGGGGUUUUACAAAGUUUACAUGCUUCUCAGGAUUCUUAAGGACUAAUGUGAUGCAUAGUCAAGGAUGUUGGAGUGGGAAAUGUGAAUGAAUCUUUAAUGGAAGGAAAUUCAUUUUUAUGUAGCAUAUCAACACAGUUGACCUUUAAGACCUCAAAGAUGUCUUCUUGUUGGCCAAUUGACUCAUUCAGUCCAGUUUAUUUGUACAAGAUAUUAUAUAUUAUAUUCACCCAAAAAUUCUGUCAUUAAUUACUCACCCUCAUGCUUUUCCAAACCCAUAAGAUCUUCAUUCAAGUUCAGAACACAAAUGAAGAUAUUUUUGAUGAAAUCCGAGAGCUUUCUGACACUCCAUAGACAUCAGCACAAAUACCACAAAACACUUACUACCUUUCUGGGUCUUGAACGUGGUAGUUUUGUUAUUGUCUAUGCAGGGUCAGAAAGCUCUUAGAUUUCAUCAAAUUUUUAAAAAAAGUUUUCUUUUUUGGGGUGUACCAUACCUUUAAGCUCAUUAAUAAUUAUUCAGGGAUUUUUUCAUAUAAAUGGUUCACUCAAAUAUUACAAUUAUGUCAUCAUUUACUCACUCCCAUGUCGUUCCAAACCUUUCAUCUGUGCAACAUAAAAGAAAGGCAUUUUAAAGAUCUUGUAUGUACCAUUUUAUGGAAAAACAAACAAACAAAAUAUCUCUUUUAAGAAAAACCUUGGUGAGUAAAGGAUGGCUAAAUGUUCUUUUUUUUUUUUUUUGUGAACUAUCCUUUAAGUAGUUGAUUUUUCCAGCCAUGCACAGUUAUGUCUAAAAACUCAACAGGAUCAUAUUGUUACAUUUAUAGGGCACAAAGGAACGGCAUAGAUCUGCUUUUCUGCUUUUUUUCUUUUUAGUAGUUUGUUUUCUGUCUUUGGUCUUUCUUUUUUCGGGUUCUCUGUUUCUUUUCUAGCACGAAGAAAGAGAGAUUCAAUGCUGAAAUGCUUCAUAUUUAGAGUGUGAUUUUUAUUUUUCUGUGAUAUAGUGUGAAUUAUUGUUUUUAUGAAUCUUAUUCUUAUGAUUUGCUUGCUUUUGGAUUUUUUUUAUUUGUUUUUUGCAUAAUAUGCAUUUGCUUAAUCCAAAGGGUAGUCUGUAAUCACAAUACAACUGUUGUCCAUGAUUUUAUUUCAUUUCCCAGUUUUUUGACAGGCUCAUGAGUACAAAAGUCUGGGCAAAACAGGUGAACAAUUAAAGCCCUUACUGUUUGAAACAACAGUAUCUUAAAACCUGAAGAAGUGUCAUUUGGAAUCAUUCAGAGCAUUUUAUUGUAUAGAUUUGUGAGUGAUUGAAAAUAAAGUCUCAGUUUCAUAACAUU